AUGAACUCUGCGUGCUGGGAGGAGGUUUCCAAUAUGCAGCAGUUCUUUUUGAAGGAAGCAUCGAGCGUGCGCCACGAGCCAGCUCCGUCCAACGGUGGGCGUAACUGGCGCUGUGUGCCGAAAGGAACCGUGAUUUCUGCGUCUGGGGGUGAGGACCAUCAAUGCGAGCUCCGUCACGGGGAGGCCAAGUGCGAGUCGGUUUCUUUGAAAGGAGACUGGAAGGUCGAAGACAUUAAGAACGAAGACGGGUCUCCAAUGGAAGUCUUCUCGCCUGGAAAAGCAAGCGGGCCGAGGGCGACAUAUCCAGUGACCCCGUAUGACGUCAUGCACGAAAAGUGGGGGUAUCGAAGCAGGCAGGCAACUAACAUGGGCUGCAACAUUGCCGUCACCACAGUGAGCCUGACGAACUACACUGAGAUCGACCACGAGCUCGCGCAUCUGGUGGGGAAGCCUGUGCUGGUCGGCCCUGAUGCCUUCGUACCUGUCCGGGAUCCUAACGUUGAGGGAGGCAAGCGGUGGAAAAACAAGCACCCCACCGAAGUUGAGGUGGGAGAUGUGGUCUUCUUCCUCGACCCGUCCAACGAAACCGUAAGGCCCAGCUCGGUGACCAGCGUCCGACAGGUGCAAGAGCAGUUGACCGGCUACGAGUUUGUCACGGAUUCGAAGCUCUACUUCGCGGAUCACGUGGGUAUCUACUGCGAGGGCAGCAACAGUCAGCGGCUCUGGCCGAGCGCGUUGGUGCUCGCUGUCUCGGUCCUGUACUUCUGA